AUGGCAAAUAGUCCUCGGCCAGGAUCAUGGGUGCUAGAAAGAUCGAUUGAUGGUGGUAAAACUUAUAUGCCUUGGCAGUAUUUUGCUGAAACGCCUGCUGAAUGCGAUCGGAUAAUGAUAAAUUUGCUUGAAAACCGUCCAGGAAAGCACAACUUUAGUCAUUCUCAAGUUCUUCAAAACUUCACUCGUGCAACGAAUGUACGACUUCGGCUUCUACGUACCAAAACGUUACAUGGCCAUCUGAUGGAUGUGAACCGACGUGAUCCCACUGUCACACGACGAUAUUUCUAUGCGAUUAAAGAAAUCUUCAUGGGAGGCCGAUGUGUUUGUAAUGGACAUGCGGACACUUGUGAUAUUCUUGAUGUUCGACGUUCCAAUAUACUCCUUUGCAGGUGUGAACAUAAUACUUGUGGAGAUCAUUGUGAAUACUGUUGUCCAGGAUUUGAACAAAAAAUGUGGCAAAGAAGCAAGGAGGGCGCUGAAUUUGUUUGUGAACCGUGUAACUGUCAUGGACAUAGCAAGGAAUGUGUAUAUGAAAAAGAGCUUGACAGAAUGCAUUCAAGCUUAGAUAUUCAUGGAAAUUACGAUGGAGGCGGCCGUUGUCUAAACUGCAAAGACAAUACAGAAGGAAUAAACUGUAAUAAAUGCAUCUUUGGAUACUAUCGGCCACGAACAAAAUGGUGGAAUGAAACAGAUGUAUGUCAACCAUGUGUAUGCGAUCCCGCAAAACAUACAGGAGAUUGUGAGGAUGAAACAGGUCGUUGUAUUUGUAAGCCUCAGUUUACCGGGGUGGAUUGUGAUAGAUGCGCACCUGGUCACUAUUCACCUCCAGAAUGUAAACCUUGCGAUUGUUCUAUAAAUGGCACCUUGGAUGAUACUUGUCUGCCUGUCAGUGGACGUUGCCCAUGUAAAAGUAAUUAUGGCGGAGAGCUGUGCCAGGUAUGCGCACCAGGUUAUACAAAUCUCACAGCCGGCUGUAUCUCUUGCAAAUGUGAUGAACUCGGAUCGCUGCAUAAUAAUUGUAAUGAAAGCACAGCACAGUGUAUGUGCAAAACGAAUUUCGCUGGACUUACGUGCGACAGUUGCGCUGAUGGAUAUUUCGGCGAUUCUCUGUGUGAAUAUUGCGAUUGUGAUACAACCGGUACGGAGGACAGCAUUUGUGACAAACAGACUGGUGCUUGCCUAUGUAAAUCUGGAUUCUCUGGUUCUCGAUGCGAUGGGUGCAACCUGAACUUUUAUGGCUAUCCAUACUGCAAAGAAUGUGACUGCGACGAACAUGGCUCGAAGUCAACAGAGUGUGAUCGAAAAAAUGGUGAUUGCCGGUGUUAUGCAAAUUUCACCAGUAAAAAUUGUGAUCGUUGUGCUGCUGGAUUUUAUGAUUUUCCAAACUGCAAACCAUGUUCAUGUCUGGCUAUUGGAUCUAAAGGAAUGACUUGCGAUAAUAAUGGACAGUGUUACUGCAAACCAAAUUUCCAAGGUGAAAAAUGUGAUCAGUGCAAAACGAAUUUCUACAAUUUUCCGAUCUGUGAAGAAUGUAAUUGUAAUCCGAAAGGCGUAGUAGCUGGCUUUGCCGGUUGUGAUAAGGUUGAACCGGGUGAAUUAUGUACCUGCAAAAUGCAUGUUACGGGUCGUAUAUGUGACCAGUGCAAACCGACCUACUGGGAUUUGCAGUAUCACCAUGAAGAUGGUUGUAUACAAUGUGACUGCAAUUUAAAUGGCACACUUUUGGGAUUGAACGAAUGCAGCACUGAGGGAGGACAGUGCAAUUGUAAAAGAAAUGUUGCUGGUCGUCGAUGUGAUAAAUGUGCUGACGGAUUUUUUCAACUCGAAAUGUAUAAUCAGUUUGAAUGUCAAGCUUGCAAUUGCGACGUCGGUGGUGCACUGGGAAUUGGCUGCGAUAUGCAGACAGGAGAGUGUCGUUGCAGACCUCGAAUCACUGGUCAGAAGUGUGACAGACCCAUCGAAAAUCAUUACUUCCCAACACUAUGGCACAAUAAAUAUGAAGCAGAAGAUGGCAUAUCAAUGGAACAGAAUCCCGUACGUUUUGCCAUCGAUAAAAACAAAUUUCCAAAUUAUUCAUGGAGAGGAUAUGUGGUAUUCUCACCGAUUCAAGAAGACAUUUUGUUGGAUAUAACAGUUAGCAAAGCCAGUCUUUAUCGUCUUCUUUUCCACUACAUUAAUCCAACCGAUGUUCAAAUUAAUACGAGAGUUGUGGUGAUGCCUCUUUUCACGCAUACUCAAGAUGUGGAGCAAAGAUCCAGAUUGAACCUUCCAGCAACAUCUGAACCAACAACCGUAGCAGUUAAUCCUAAACAACCAUUUAUCUUAAAUCCUGGGAAAUGGCGCAUUAAGAUUUCAACUAAACAGCGAUUUUUUUUGGAUUACGUCGUACUGCUACCCUCAGAAUAUUAUGAAGGGACAGUGUUGAAGGAGCGUAUUUUUGAACCAUGUAAAGCAUUUGAUUCGCAAAAUACAAUAUGUUUUGAUUCGUUGUAUCCACCACUCCCACUCGCAUCACGAGCAGAUGUCACUAAACAUGGAUUUAUCAUGGAAGAACAAAAUGACAGUAGCACCGUACAAGUUGAAAAGAUUCCAAUAAAGAACUUGCCUGGUGAUGCAGCAUUUGUGCGAGCUGACAAUGAAAAUCGUAAAAUUCGCAUAUCCUUGAAGGUACCAGAGGAUGAUUAUUAUAUCUUAUUACUGGAAUACUACAACGCGGACCUAAAAACAAUUCCAUUAACUUUGGAAGUAAGACAAUACGAUCAGCUUCUAAUGAGGGGAAUCAUUACCCUCAAACACUGUCCAUACUCGACAUUUUGUCGCGAUGUCGCAUUGUCUGAUGCAGGCGUUGCAUUGAUACAUAUGAAAGAUGAAGACAUAGAAAUUACAUUAACUAUUGAACCAAAACAUGAAUUUGGUUUAGGUGCAGUUAAUCUUAUUAGGAUGAAAGAUUGGGAUGUCAGCUAUCUUCAACAAGUACCUGUAUGUGUCCGUAAAAAUGGACAUUGUAUAGGUCAGUGGUUCCCUCCUGUAGCCAACGGCAUUCUGAACGAAGUUGAAUUUCAAAUGAAUGCAAAUAAUUCAAUCAGUGGUGAAAAGUUGCCAUUUAUUAUUGCCAAUCCGGAAGAAGUUCAAGUUAUGGCGCUCGAUGAAAACAUGGGUACAGUAGAAGUAUCUGGAAUAGUGCCAUCACAUGGUCAUUAUGUUUUCAUUGUACAGUACUUUAAUCCGGACAAUACAUUGUUAACUGUUGAUGUUACGCUCCAGAAUGGACAUCUUCAUCAUGCAGAGAUACCAUUUUCCUACUGUCCAAGUAUUAUUGGUUGUCGGGCAGUAAUUCGCGACAAAGAACGCCGAGAUGUGAUACAGUUUUUCAUUGAUGAUAACCCGUCAAAUGUAAGUGAAUACUGUCGGCAGAAAGUAUUCUCUUUAACUUCCGAAUAUAAUAUGGCAGCACUUCCGUGUGAAUGUAGUUCUCAAGGCAGUACAAGUUUUAUGUGCGAAGAAUAUGGUGGCGAGUGUCCCUGUCGACCAAACAUAAUAGGACGUCAAUGUGACCGUUGCGCACCCGGCUAUUACAGUUUCCCGGAUUGCAUUAAAUGUAGGUGUCCAGAUAAUCACUUAUGUGAUGAGAACACUGGUCAAUGUUUCUGUCCACCACAUGUACAAGGGAAAAAUUGCGAUAGUUGCGUACCCUAUGCCUUCGGUUAUGAUCCUCUGAUUGGUUGUCAGCUAUGUGGCUGUCAGCAAAAUGGCUCAGAAGCCCGGCAACUUCAAUGUGAUCCAGAUAAUGGACAGUGCCUGUGCAGAGUCAAUGUUGGUGGCAGAAAGUGUGACAAGUGUUUGCCAGGUUUCUACGGCUUUCCACAUUGUUACGAAUGCGCAUGCGAAAUAAAGGGUACCACGGAAGAAAUUUGUGAAUCAACCAAUGCUGCUUGUAAGUGCAAAAAAAAUGUAGUUGGUGAGAAUUGCGAUAUUUGUCGGCCUGGUACUUUCGACUUACGUGCAUCAAAUUCUGAUGGAUGUGCGGAGUGUUUUUGCUUUGGUGCAACCGAUCGUUGCCGUUCUUCAUUUCUUCCCGUUAACUUCGAUGAAGAGGCGUGGAAAGUGUACCCAAAUGAUUCUGUGCUGCAUUCGUAUGAUAAGGUGAUAUAUAAAGCGACAACUGAUGAUAAAAACGAUGUUUAUUUUCUGGCCCCAAUAGGAUCAGGCCACGACUUCACUAUCUCUUAUGGUUUACAGUUAUCUUUCGUGAUAGCAUCGAAUCCGCGAGAUGGUGAAACCAAAAUGAGCUCAGCACCUGAUGUUCAAUUGGUUGGAAAUAACACAGUUCUCGAUUUCUGGGCACGAGAACAACCAGCUAACCCACGAAUACCAUUUAGUGUUGAAAUCAAACUUUUGCCUGAAAACUUCAUGGAAUCGACAGGGGAACCAACGACUCGUGACACUCUGAUGAUGGUAUUGCAUGAUCUGGAUGAGCUUAGGAUUAAGGCUUGUUACUACACAAAUUGCGAAGUGGCAGCAAUUAGUGAAUUACAGCUUGAAAUAGCUAAAGAUGAUCAGACCACUGGUGAUAGCUACACAGCUUCUUCUGUUGAAAUAUGUCAGUGUCCGCCACCUUAUAGUGGACUUUCUUGUCAGCAAUGUUCUCCUGGUUAUUACCGCGUCAAUAAUGGUCGAUAUCUUGGUUCCUGUGUUCCUUGCAAUUGUAAUGGUCACUCUGGAAGCUGCGAUCCAACAACUGGAAUUUGUUUCGAUUGUGAGCAUGAUACUUUUGGCGAUCACUGCGAAUUUUGUCGGGUGGGAUUUUAUGGUGAUGCUACCAAAGGAGGACCCUAUUCAUGUUUGUCAUGUGCUUGUCCAUAUGCUACUGACACGAAUAACUUUGCAACAAGUUGUCAGGUCAGUGAAACUGGACUGUUAAAGUCAUGCUUUUGUAAACAAGGAUAUACCUCUGACUACUGCGAACGAUGCGAUGUUGGUUAUUAUGGUCAGCCAACUGAAGUCGGUGGAUCUUGCCAUAAAUGUGACUGCAAUAAUAAUAAUGACCUUAGUGUGGAUGGUUCUUGUCAUCCUAUAACCGGUGAUUGCUAUCUUUGUUUAAAUAAUACCGAUGGUGCACGAUGCGAGCACUGCAAACCGUGGUUUUAUGGUGAUGCUGUGGAGGCUAAAAAUUGUACAGAUUGUGCAUGCAAUCAGUGCGGUAGUUUAUUAUGUGACAACAAAUCCGGAAGAUGUGAAUGCUUAGCGAAUGUAGAAGGAGAAAAGUGUGAUCGUUGUGUGGCGAAUGCAUGGGGUUUCAUGCGUUGUCACGGCUGUGAAAUGUGUAACUGUGCAUUGGCAUCAUCAAAUCCGCAAUGUGAUGUUGAAACCGGACAAUGUUCCUGUAUGCCUGGAGCUGCUGGACAAAUGUGCGAAAUCUGUGAAUACGGUUACUGGAAUUAUGGACCAACCGGAUGCUCUAAAUGUGAUUGUGAAGCAGAUUUAUCGAUGGGAACAGUGUGUGAUGUUAACACAGGACAGUGUCACUGUCAAGAAGGUGCUACCGGACCUCGAUGCGAUCAAUGCGCUUCACAAUAUCUGCGAAUACCAAAUUUUGGAUGCCGAUUGUGUGAUGAAUGUGUUCACUCUGUGAUGCAUGAUUUGGAUAGAUUAGCUGAUACUGUUGAUUUUGUUAAUGAAACAAUCAACAAUAUUUCAACAACUGCUCUUACGGGUACCCGUCUCAAACGCAUUCGUAAGAAAAUUGAUGAUGUGAAGCCGAUAGUUGUAAAUCAUAUGGACUCAGCAUCUGAUAUGGGUGUGGAAAGUUUGAGUAACGAUAUAUUUGGUUCAACUUCUGAUGUUUUCGGUAUAGUUGUUCGUGCCAAUCGAUCCUUGGAUACACUUAGUGCUAUUGAUGAUACUAUGAGUAAUAUUAUCAACAGAACUAAUAUCUUUCCGGCAAAUGUAUUUGAUCGUGUUGAAAUGGCUGCAUCAACUGUUGAUUCUUUAAAAAAUCUAGUCUUCUCACUUGGCAAAGAUUCUAGUGCUAUAGAUCGUCAAAAAUGGUUGAUGGAUUCAACCUCACUUUUGCAAAAAAUUCGCGAUACUGCGAACGAUGAAGAAGCAAGGAAACGAGUGGAAGAUGAAAAUGAUGAGGUGCAAAAAUUGUUAAAACGUAUGAGAGAGCUAAAGGAUGAAGAAAAUAUUAUGCAUGAAAAAUAUUUUAAUAUGAAAGAUCAAAUGAACGAAUUAGUAAAUAACAUUACGGAAUACCGCUCCUUUCUUUAUGAAGUGGACAGUUCAGUUGAAAAUACUCUUCAGCAAGUAAAUAAUUCAAAUAUACGAUAUAUAAAUUCGGUGCAAGCUGGCGUAAAAGCAGGUGAAGCGAAGAUUAAAGAAACUCAUACAAUUAUCAGCAGUCUCACAGCAAUUUCCGAAACCUUCAUAGAAUCAUUAAAUAAUCUAAGCAAAACGCUCCAUGAAAUAAUGAGCAAUGUUCAAGAUGUGUUCAAUCAGCUGAGUACCAUGAAGGGCAGAUAUCAUCAUAGGCGCAUACGCGACAUUAAUAAGAAUGAAUAUAGAAACAAGUCGAAAGAAUUGGAAAAUCAAGCAUUGUUUUUAUCUUCUUUGUUUGGUAGAACACGAACUGAAGCAAAGAAUGCGGUAGCAGCUGUUAAUGGAUAUAAAGAAUUGAUGAAGCAUUUGAAAAAAGCGCGAAAUAUGACGAAUCAGGCAUCUCUAAAUGCAGAACAAGCUAGAAAGUUCCAUGAAGAAGGAGCGGUAGCAUCAGCGAAAACACUUCGGGAACAAUCAGCUGAUUUGUUACGUACUGCUGUUGAUUUAAAACAGUCAACUGUAAACAGUGUAGAUAACUUGAAAGUUGUUUUCGUGGAAAAGGCAUCAGAAUUACAAUCCCUUAUCGAGAAGCAGAGAAGAAUCCUUGAAAGCCUUCGUCCUAAAUUCGAUGACGGAGAAGUAGCAUGUUUUUAUAAUGCGAAACUAGAACACUCUCUAACUGCUUCGGAAGAGACAAGAACAAGAAUUGAUAAUACCAUUUUCUUAUUUGAUCGAUUCAAGCCUGAUUUGGAAGAAAUGACUGGUCGUAGCAAGAAGUUUGUUGAGUCAAUUUUAAUCUCUGCUAAUGAUGUGGAUACUGCUAGAGAGCAAAUCUCAAAGCUUGUAAAUGAAAGUUCACCUGUCAUGGAAGAGCUAGAAAUGCAAAAGAAAGCUGCUUCAAAUACUUCGGCAACGAUAGAACACUGUCGUGAAAAGCUAAAUUUAUUAAAAGAAAAGAUCGCUCUUACACGAGAUUUAGCCAACAGGAUCAAAUUGGGCGCACAUUUCGAAAAAGGAAGCAUUUUGGAGUUGCCACUGUCUCCACGAAUAACACGUUCUGCGGCAUAUACUAACAUCGAAUUUUUCUUCAGAACAACAAACACUAGUGGUUUGAUAUUAUUCUUUGGUAAUGAACUUGGUGUUGCUGGGACUCGUGCUUUGCCAACCGAUGACUAUGUUGCUAUUGAAGUAGAAAAAGGCCAUUUGAGGGUAGUUAUUAAUCUUGGUGACACACCCACGCAAUUAAUUUCGAAUUCAUCUGUUACUGACGGCAACUGGCGAAAGGUUGCUGUAGAUCGUGUUGGUAAAACAAUUACACUACGAGUUUCGUCACCAAAUUCAGCAAAUUAUGAGGAGGAAAAAAUACAAACUAUAGGCGGCUUCAAAUCAGUUCUCAAUCUCCAUCAAAAGAAAAGCCGCUUAUUUAUUGGUGGUAUUGUUCCCGGUGUCAAUAUUUCACCAGAUGUACAUAAUCGUGAGUUCAGUGGUGAUAUCGAAGAUUUACGUAUUCACGGCGAAACAGUCGGUCUGUGGAAUGCCAAAAAAGGAGGUAAUUACAAUGUGCAAGGUGUGACGAAAAAAAUUUUUGCUGCUUCAUCGUUAACCGAUGAAAUUGCAUUGAGCUUUAAUGGCGAUGGAUACGCUGUCCACAAGCUGAGUAUUUGGAAUCCACGAAAACAAACAAUUUUUUCUUUGACCUUUCAGACAUAUUCUCCUGAUGGACUGUUCUUAUACCUUGGAAAGGAACGCGAUUUUCUAUCUCUUGAAUUACAAGAUGGCAGAGUGAAGCUCUCAUUUGAUUUUGGUUCUGGGGUUGGAAGACUGACAAGUAUUGGUAGUAAUUAUAACGAUGGCAAGCCUCAUUCCGUGUACGUGCACCGGUUAGAACGUCAUGCCCUUAUGAAAGUUGAUGAUAAUGAUGUUUCGGAAGGUGAUUCACCCGGUACAAUGUUCGAACUCAGCUUAUCUGAUGUCUUCUAUUUGGGUGGUGUGCCUUCCGAUGUUUCGACACGCACAACAGUUGUGCCGAUGAAUGGUUGUAUAGAACACGUAAAGUUGGACAAUCGCUUAAUGGACCUAAGUAAAUCAAGAACUGCGAAGGGGGUGCAGCUAGGAUGCAGUGCUCGACAUGUACGUGUUAUAUCAAUGGUAUCGGAACGUUCCACUGCUACUUUCAGUACUUUCAAUGCUAAAAAAGAUUAUCUUGAAAUGACAUUCCGAUUUAAAACAAACCAACCAUCCGGUAUCCUUGCAUCGGUUAUCUCUGACGAGCAGGAAGUCUUGUUCCAACUACGUUAUCAAGAUGGAUUUAUUUCGGCUGAGUACGGAUCUGAUAACAAGGAUGUUGCUGAAAUCGAAUUCAGAUCAGUCGCUGAUGGUCAGUGGCAUUACUUUGCAGCCGUAGUAAAACCGGAAACUAUACGACUGGAUGUGGAUGAUCUUUAUUCAAGUGAAAUUCAUAGGACUGUUGCUGAUAAUGAGGUGAUCGGGGUACCGAUCAUUGUGCAGUUUGGUCGAUCGCUCGACUCCAACCUACAUUUCGAAGGAUGCAUUGGUGAUGCAACAUACAAUGGUCAAUUACUCGAUUUUGCUGAAGCAUCAACUAAAGGAGUGAGUCUAACAGGAUGUUCUUUUCCGGAAGAUAUCUCGACAACAGAUAUGCUUCCUGAACAAGCACCAACAAAUGAACCUGUGCAUUUUGCCAUACCUGGAACAAAUAAUAUUCAACCAUUGGUAACAGAAACUGCUAAAGAAAUCACUGCAGAAAAUAGGAUAUCAGCGGGAACAUCGUCCCUUUCAAAAUUAAGAGGAAUCGCUCGCAAGUUAGACGAAUGCGCACUUCCGAGAAGAUCGUACGGAGAUAGACCGGACUCCAGUGGUAUUCGAUUUGGUUUGUCUCCUUCAUCACGUCUUGAGUUUGAUAAGCCACCUGCUUCGUUUGAUAAAAACAGUCUGUUCUCAGUACAGUUGCGAGCCACAGCAUCAAAUGGAAUAAUUAUGUUCACGACGAAUCAUAAGCAUACUGAUUAUUUAGCCUUAUAUCUUGUCAACGGCAUUGUCCAUUUCGCUUACAAUUCGGGAUCAGGACAAGCUAUUCUAAAAUCAAAUAGAACUGUGAUGGAUGAUGAAUGGCACAGUAUAAGAGCGGAACGUGAAGGCCUUGCGGGAACGUUAUAUAUCGACAACUUAAUGGAAGCAAAUGGACAGUCUCCUCCUGGAACCGAUGCAGUUGAUACUCAACCACCAAUCUAUAUUGGUGGACUCCCAUCAGAUCUUGUGCCUUUUGCAUCCAGAAUAUUACUAGGUGCUAAAUCGGUUUUUGGUGGAUGUUUGAGAGAUUUCAAACUUAACGAAAUGAAGUUUGAUGUACCACCAGCAGAGAUUGGUACAGUGCCAUGCAAUCAAUACACUGAAGAAGGAUUAUAUUUUGGAGAGAAUGGUGGCUACGCUAUAUUAAACAAAAAUCUGAAGGUUGGGUCAUCGUUCAAUAUUGAGCUAGAAGUACGACCGCGAACAAAAACUGCCGUUUUAUUAUCAGUUGGUAUUCUGGAAUAUUUAACACUUCAAUUCUUCAAUGGCACUGUUAAAUUCACAGUGGAUAAUGGUGCAGGUCCCGAAACGGUAACACACGUACCAAGCAUGUCCAAUGCUCUCUGCGACGGGCACUGGCACCACAUAAAGCUUUACAAAACGAAGAAUCUGAUGACUUUGACUGUCGAUGGCAGAAGUAAUUUAAACAUAAUGAAGAAAGGUAAAAAAACGGAUACAAAUACGAAGGAUCCACUAUAUUUGGGUGGCGUUCCAAAAGGUAUCAGAUCGAGAGGCCUCGAAACAACAGAGGGAUUUCUGGGCUGUGUUCGUGUUUUGAAUAUGGGAAAGAAGCCGCGGAAACGAAAAAACGUUGACUUAUCACAAGUGUCUCUAUUUGGUGAUAUUACGAGGAAUUCUUGCCCCAUUAAUUGA